GCAACUCGUCUCGUUAUGAAACUGCCAACUGCUAGAUAGAAGAUCUUGCAACGUGGUUACAGGCGAAGUCUGCUCUCAAUGCUGCCUCUUUAGCCGCCGAUGGAUUAGAGAACAGAAGACAGUGAGCCGCCGUUUCCCUUUUGCAAUGAUAGUGGAGAUCAAAGCAUUCAACCGAAUCUAUCGAUUGCCUCCAGGUAGAUGCCUCCUCUUGCACGCCUCGUCGACUAUGAAGCCGAUAGUCUUUUUAAGGGACACCCUCGCGUGAAUAUUCGGAAGAACUACAUUACCCAGAAAUCAACGCGCUAGUCGUGCAAAGGACGUCUGCGCACUAAGACACUCGGAUCCAAGUUUGGAGCUUUUAGCUGCCAGUCCUGGCCCAUCAUGUAGGUGCAGCACAGCUUUCCUUCCCAUUGCAAUAGCGGGAGAAACCCCACUUUGCAAUCUGUUUUGCAAGGCGUGCAAUUGCAGCUCCUUCCUCUGCAAGGAAAUCUGCUGUGAGAAGUCAGAAAAACUCCAGUUGCAUGAAGAUUGAGCGCUUGCAGUUUGCAUCUUUGUUGCAAAACUAGCUACAGAAGGCAAAGUCUUUUGUGUUCCCCUCCCCCAUCAAAGCAGAGGGGAAAAUGUCUCAGAGAGGCAAGAAGAAAAAUCCAGGUUUGAAAAUUCCUAAAGAAGCAUUUGAACAACCACAGACAAGCUCAACGCCGCCUAGAGAUUUGGAUUCCAAAGCUUGCAUUAAUAUUGGAGACAAGAACUUUGAAGUUAAAGCCGAUGACCUGGAGCCAAUAUCAGAAUUAGGACGUGGUGCAUAUGGGGUGGUAGAGAUGAUGCGACAUAUGCCCAGCGGGCAAAUAAUGGCAGUGAAGCGAAUCCGAGCAACAGUGAAUAGCCAGGAACAGAAGAGGCUAUUGAUGGACUUGGACAUUUCUAUGAGAACCGUAGACUGUCAUUUCACUGUCACAUUCUAUGGUGCGCUAUUUCGAGAGGGCGAUGUGUGGAUUUGUAUGGAAUUGAUGGAUACCUCACUGGACAAAUUCUACAAGCAAGUGAUUGACAGGGGCUUAACGAUUCCUGAGGAUAUCCUAGGAAAAAUAGCUGUCUCUAUUGUAAAAGCAUUAGAACACCUACAUAGUAAACUCUCUGUAAUUCACCGAGAUGUCAAGCCUUCCAAUGUACUGAUUAAUACACAAGGACAGGUGAAAAUGUGUGACUUUGGAAUUAGUGGGUACCUCGUUGAUUCUGUGGCUAAGACAAUGGAUGCUGGCUGCAAACCGUAUAUGGCACCUGAAAGAAUCAACCCGGAACUAAACCAAAAGGGCUACAGUGUAAAAUCUGAUAUUUGGAGUCUGGGGAUUACAAUGAUUGAAUUAGCAAUCUUGCGGUUUCCAUAUGACUCCUGGGGGACGCCGUUCCAGCAGCUCAAACAGGUAGUGGAAGAACCAUCACCACAGCUCCCUGCAGACAAGUUUUCAGCUGAAUUUGUUGAUUUUACCUCACAGUGCUUGAAGAAAAAUUCCACAGAAAGACCUACAUAUCCUGAGCUAAUGCAACACCCCUUCUUUACCUUUCAUGAAUCCAAAGAAACAGAUGUGGCUUCUUUUGUCAAACUCAUCCUGGAAAACUGAAAAAAAAAAUGGACUUGUACAUUAUUUUAUUCUUUGAUGGACUGGUGGGAUUAAGGAGGAGGGGGUCAUGGUAGGACAGCCUUCAUUACAGAAAAGCCAGAGGAGAACUUAACUGGUGGCCAUUUUCCUUUUAUUUUAUUUUUUUGUAAGAUCCUAAUCUCCUUCCCUUGAAGACUUUUUUAAAGGGUUCUUUGGUAUUCAUAGUGAUAUAGAAUGAACUGAUUAGUGAAAUGAAUUUUAAUAAGAUUGUCAACCAUAAACAAAGAAUACACAAAACAACGAGUGAUUUAAAUGAUGAUAUUUUAGGGCUCUCUAACCAACCUCUCGACUAGCCAUACUUAAUUUUCUGUCAAAUCAGAUUUCUUUUGUUUAUGGUAAUAGGUGCUACGGUAGUUAUGAAGUUCGAUAUAGAGUUAUAUUUUGUCCUUACUAUUAUUUUAAUAUUUAUGUUAAGCGCUUGAUUUUUAAUAGAAUUCUUGUUUUUGUUCUUAUGUGAGACAGUGGAUAAUAAUGACAGCUAAAACAGUGAAGUUACAGAAAAGAGUAUUUAUAGUGCUUUGUAGGAAAAGGAAGAGGAGAAGGCAUGGUCCAUUUAUGACAUGGAUGACUAAUUUACAUUGAAAUAAGAGUUUGGUUUGUAUGUUACUCCAGCAAUGUAUGAGGAAGUCUACAUCAUUCCCUAGGAUAUGUCUGAAGAUUGUUUUGGCGAGAACAUCAGCAGGAUACAAAAAGGAAAAAAAAAAGAAAAUGAUUUGUUGGAUGAGAUUAUUAUUCCAGUGGUUUGGUUUAAAACUGCAGUUUCUAUAAACAAUUAUAUCCUUAAGAUUAAGAUUCUAUCUCAGUAUCAGGAUCUGUGGGAUUAACAGUGGGAGUGAUGUAUUUAAAAGUUAGUGGAAAAUCAAAAGCAGCUUUAGACAUUUGAUUGUUGCUUAAAUAAUGAUGUUUCUCUAGAUCAUGGGUGUCAAAUUUGAUCGCGUUACAUAACGUACCACGUCAUAUCACGACGUUUUUUGCCUUUGCAGAACCCGGCUGGGCGUGACGCAUCCAGCCCGCAGGCUGCCAGUUUGACACCCCUGCUCUAAAUCAUGGCCAAUCAAGGAAGAAUUCUGUCCCUAUUGGCUUAGUAGAGAGUUUUGUGCCUUUGAAUGGAAAAAAAGGCUUCACAAAGGAAAGUGGAACUGAGGAGGCAUAGAGAUGUGGGUUUCGCAAAAAGGGGGGGGGGUAGAAAUGAGCAAAGUUUUACUAGUGUUACAUUCGCUUGAGAACCCUUGAGUUUGCUUUGGACUCUCAGGUGUCCCAUAGUGGUCUUCUUUUUCACCUACAUGAAUCUUUUUUUCCUUACUCCUUCCUAUAUCUUUGGUGGGUCUAUGACAAUUCUCCACAGCCAGCUUGCCAUGACUAACCUGCCACAGCCAACUCAUCAUGGCCAACUUAUCAUGGCCAACUCGCCACAGCCAUCUCGCCACAGAACAGCUUGCUGCGGGACAAGAGUUACACUAAUAUCAAAGAAAUGGUGGAAUAGAAUCAUUCAAGAAAGAAUGCAAAAGAAGGUACAGAAUGAAAUGUGAAUGGAAAAAAUUAAAAUAAUUUUUAUUUAUUUUAAAUAAUUAAAUAGAAUUGUUAAAAUUGUUCUGCAAUAAGCUGUCUUGCAGCGAGUUGGCCUUGGCGAGUUCGCCCCACUGCAAGUUGGCUGUGGCGAGUUGGCUGUAGUGAGUUUGCCGCAGCAGGUUGGCUCUGUCUGAAAACAAAAGAUAGAACAGAAAUGACUUAAUAAGCAUUAUUUCCCUCAUCUAACAUGAGCAACAGCAAAAAAACACUGGUAGGGCUAAAACUACUUGAUUUUUCAUUCAGAGGUGGUUGUCAUAGAUUGUGUUUUAACAUAUGGAAACGGCAAUUUGUGUGUAUCUCUUGCUUCAAGAUACACUAUUUUUUAUUGGGGUUGUUUCAGAAAUAAGACCGGAUCUUAUCUGAUGAAAAUAACUGCAGUUCUCCCAUGAUUUCCAAAGCAACUUUUUGUUCAAGAAGCAUUUCUGUUUCCUUCUGACAAUAUUAAUUCUUCCCAGUGGUUCAAGCAGUGAUGUUUGUUCACUCCAAAUCAGAGAUGGUAUUCAGCCGGUUCGGACCAGUUCAGGCGAACCAGUAGCAGAAAUCGCGGGUAGGCCUGCCCCGGCUCUAUGCUGUCCUAUUUAGGCACAUUUUUGAGGCCGGGUGCAUGUGCAGAAGGUGCAGAAGGCGCGCAUGGCGGGCGAACCAGUGGUAACAAAAUGUGAAACCCACUGCUGCUCCAAAUGGAGGUUGUGGGUAUAGUAGGAAUGUAUUCAGGGUCUUCAAGGUGUGCUGGCCAAUAUUUAGUAGACACCAUACACAUCUGGAGAGCAUCAAAUUGGGGAAGACCAGUAUAUUAGUAUUGAUAAGGUGGCUUUUUGUCAGACAUUUUGAUCUUGCUUUCCAGCAGUCCAUAUUUUACAGUGUAGCUGGUCUUUUUUGCAGAAGUCCACUGGAAGUGAUUUAGAAGAUGUUUAAUUGCAGAUAAAACACUUAAGAUCCUUCCCUUUCAUUGUAUUUUUUCAAAAGCAAAGAAUGGUUUGUAACUAUUUUACAUGUCUGGUUACCUUCCCUCUCCCCCCUAGUUGAGUCUUAGCUGCUGUGAUUGAUUGUCUUCAGCUGCAGCUAAAGCUCAGCCAGCCAGGUUUUAGAACUAAUUCCAGCAUCUAUUCUCACUUUGGAAAAACAUGUCAUUUAAAACCCACUUUUGCGGUUUCCUAUAAACGGAUCUGACACUUGCCGUAGAGAUUGUUUUACUGCCUUUUUUUCCCCUUCUUGGAAUAGUGAAGCCCCAUUGGAUAUUACAUCCUCUUGACCUCAGAACACCUUUAUCAGAGUGCUAUGGUAACAGGCAGGCGGGAUUCAGGAUAUCAAACUGGGCUUAAUAGGCAAUAUUAAUAUUCCCAUUGGUUUCCAAUAGCUGGAGCAUGCCAGUGAUGUCUGCAGUUAAGUCUGACUGGAAAGAAUAACACUACACGCCUCAUGCUUUGUUUUAGGAAUUAGAAUGUGGUGUUUGUGAGCUCUUUUGUCAGGUCUGUCCAAAUAUAAUUCAUCUCUUGGCAGGUACACGAACCCUACCACAGUUAUAGAAUAAAACGUGCCUAACAUCUGUAUUUUCUAUUCCAGAUUUAAAGCUUUGCUUGUCUUUGUUAUUUAAAAGUUCUCUCAUAUCAUGUUAGUGAGCAUAAUUCCCCUACAAUGUUCAUGGCCCUUGCAAUGCAGUCUGAAUUCACGUCCAUUUUCUAAAGGAUGAUAGGUAAAAAUGGAAAAGAAAUAACUGAUCAGAUUGUCUCCUGAAAAUAGGGUAAGAAAUAACGGGCUUAAAUUACAGAAAAGAAGACAUCGCCCAUUCACACGUAUGAUAUUUAUAGAGAAAACCGAACCCUUCAUCUGCUGAUGUUUUCCAAGUCUUUCAAUAUUUGAAAAUGUUUCUGGGUUCGGCAAGGCCCUAUUAGUACAAUUCAUCUGUUCUAGUAAAUGUUAACAGAGCAGGAAUCCAUGGCUGCUCUUACUGAUCUUUAAUUUCAGCAUUCUCUCUCUCUCUCUUUUUUUAAAGUUUUUUUAUUAGUAAUACAAAUUUCAGCAUUCUCAGCUGUCUUAGGUUUGUUAAGUUACUUUGGAAUAAUUAUUUUUAAUGGUAUGUGGAUUUGGGGCAUGACUAUAUGCACACUGAUGAUCUCCUGGGGUUUUUUUUUUUUUUCCCCUCCUCUAAAACAGUGCUGAAAAAUUUGCCACAAUGGCAUACAUUCUAGAAAUGAAUGUAGAAGACUGUUGAAACCAUUUCUAAGCAAGAAGUAGCUGGCAGAGACUGAUGCAUGAAGCAAAAUCCUAUUAUUAACACCAGAACAUUUUGCCAUGCAUGAUAGCAAGCUAAUAAAACACUGCAUUGGAUAUUUGCAAUAAAGUUGUGUAUCCAACUUCGGAUUGUGUAUCCUAGAAGCUUAUGAAGCAGGAAUGCCCAUUUUCAGUUUUGCUUGGAACAGAGAAGGAAAAGGGGUGGCUUUGAGGCAUGGAUGGAUGCGCAUGGACACACACUGUGUUGCCCUCUUGUUUGAACUGAAAGGUAAUUGUUGAAUUCUUCUCUACAGGGUAUUGCUUUUGUCAUCUCAUGCCACACUCUACUUGAUGAUUUCCUACUUUCAGAUGUAGACCAUGAUAGCAUAACUCAUUCCUCCAUUAAAAACAAAAGAAUCUUAA